AUGGGGCUGAAGGCGCGGCGCGGCGCGGCGGGCGGUAGCGGGGCCGGCGGGGCGGCUGCGGGGCAGCGGGGGGCGGCCGGGACCGGCGGAGACCCCGAGCAGGGCUCGCUGGCCCUGGGCACCGGUACCGACCGCGACGGGACCCUGCUGCUGGAGGGCGGCGGGAAGGAGGAGGGCGGCAAGCGGAGCCCGCCGGGGCUGGGGCUGCUGGCGAAGACCCCCCUGAGCCGCCCGGUGAAACGGAACCACGCCAAGUACCGCCGCAUCCAAACUUUGAUCUACGACGCCCUGGAGCGGCCGCGCGGCUGGGCGCUGCUCUAUCACGCCUUCGUGUUUCUGAUUGUCUUGGGCUGUUUGAUCUUAGCUGUCCUGACAACUUUCAAGGAGUAUGAAACUGUUUCAGGAGACUGGCUCCUCUUGCUGGAAACUUUUGCCAUUUUCAUCUUUGGAGCGGAGUUUGCCUUAAGAAUCUGGGCUGCUGGGUGUUGCUGUCGCUACAAAGGAUGGAGAGGGAGACUCAAAUUUGCCAGGAAGCCUUUGUGCAUGCUGGAUAUCUUUGUGCUGAUUGCUUCAGUGCCAGUGGUUGCUGUUGGGAACCAGGGCAAUGUUCUGGCCACAUCUCUCAGAAGCCUUCGCUUCCUUCAGAUCCUACGGAUGCUCCGAAUGGACAGGCGGGGUGGUACAUGGAAACUUUUGGGAUCGGCCAUUUGUGCACAUAGCAAAGAACUCAUCACUGCUUGGUACAUUGGGUUCCUGACACUCAUCCUAUCCUCGUUUCUUGUUUAUCUGGUUGAAAAAGAUGUUCCUGAGAAGGAUGCUAAUGGGGUGGAGAUGAAGGAAGAGUUUGAAACCUAUGCAGAUGCACUGUGGUGGGGGCUGAUCACCCUCGCUACCAUUGGGUAUGGUGACAAGACCCCCAAAACAUGGGAGGGACGACUGAUUGCAGCCACAUUCUCUCUCAUUGGAGUCUCCUUCUUUGCUCUUCCUGCAGGCAUUUUGGGCUCAGGGCUGGCACUGAAGGUCCAGGAGCAACAUCGUCAAAAACAUUUUGAGAAAAGAAGAAAGCCAGCAGCUGAACUCAUUCAGGCUGCUUGGAGAUACUAUGCUACUAACCCCAACAGGAUUGAUCUAGUUGCUACCUGGAGGUUUUAUGAAUCAAUUGUAUCGUUUCCAUUUUUCAGGAAAGAGCAAUUGGAUGGCACUGCCAGUAAUGUCAUGUUUAGUAGGGAGUCAUUCUUUGGAUCAAGCCUCUCAAGAAAACUUAGCCAAAAGCUGGGUCUCUUGGAUCGGGUUCGUGGUACCAAUACUAAAGGAAAGCUAUUUACUCCUCUGAAUGUAGAUGCCAUUGAAGAAAGUCCUUCAAAAGAGCCUAAGAAUGUUGUCUUGAAUAAUAAGGAGCGUUUUCGCACUGCAUUCCGAAUGAAAGCCUACGCUUUUUGGCAAAGCUCUGAAGAUGCAGGAACAGGGGAACCCAUGGCAGAAGAGAGAGGCGACAGUAGUGACUUCCUUAUGGAAGAUAUGAUCCCCACAUUCAAGACAGCCAUCCGAGCUGUCAGAAUACUACAGUUUCGUCUCUAUAAAAAAAAAUUCAAGGAGACUUUGAGGCCUUAUGAUGUAAAGGAUGUGAUAGAGCAAUACUCAGCAGGGCAUCUUGAUAUGCUUUCCAGAAUAAAGUAUCUUCAGACAAGAGUAGAUAUGAUUUUUACACCUGGACCUCCAUCUACUCCCAAGCAUAAGAAAUCCCAAAAGGGAGGAGCUUUUUCUUACCCUUCGCAACAGUCUCCCAGAAAUGAUCCAUAUGUAGCCAAAGCAUCUACAGCAGAUACUGAAGACCAAAGUAUGAUGGGCAAAUUUGUUAAAGUUGAACGACAGGUUAAUGACAUGGGGAAGAAACUGGAUUUUCUUGUUGAUAUGCACAUGCAUCAUAUGGAACAGCUGCAAAUCCAUGUUGCUGAGAUCAGUCCAAUGAAAGAAACUGCUUCUCCUGCAAAGGAGAAGAGAGAAGAAAACAAAUAUUCUGAAUUAAAAACAAUAAUAUAUAAAUACACUGAGCAGUGUGCUCAUGAAACUCCUUACAACUUCCAGCAGGUUCCAGUCAACAAAGUCAGUCCUUAUGGUUUCUCAGCACACGGUCAUAUGACUCAUUCACAACCUCUAUCAUUAGGUGGGCAAAACUCUGCCAAACUGCAAGCCACACCUUCCUCAGCUUCAUAUGCAGAAAGGCCAACAGUUUUGCCUAUAUUUACAUUAAUGGACUCCCAGGUUAGCUAUCACUCUCAAGGGGACCUACAAAGCCCUUACUCAGAUAAGGUGUCUCCAAGGCAGAGAAGGAGCUUAACAAGAGACAGUGAUACUCCAUUAUCCCUUCUCUCUGUCAACCACGAGGAGCUGGAGCGCUCCCCAAGUGGCUUCAGUAUCUCCCAAGACAGAGACGACUUCCCGUUUGGCCCCAACGGGGGAUCAGCCUGGAUGAGAGAGAAGCGCUACCUGGCAGAGGGGGAGACGGACACAGACACCGACCCUUUUACACCAAGUGGCUCCAUGCCUUUGUCUUCUACAGGAGAUGGGAUUUCAGACUCAAUAUGGACCCCGUCAAACAAGCCAGUUUAAAAGUGCGUGUGGGGGCAGUCACUGGUUGACUUCUCCAUGUAAUGUAAGCAUACUUUGUAUAUCUCACUUACUCUACACCCAAAGCUUACUAGUUCAAAACACCAAUGGCUGCAUAAGAUGCAUGUGAUAUUAGUGGUAGUCAUUCUGCACCAUUUCGUACAAUUUACUAAUGCAGUUUUUUUCAUGCUACCAAAACUAAGGAGCUUAGUUUUGAGCAUGGUUUGCAUGACUUUACCCUAUAUAAAUGGUACAGCUGAUUUCUUCUAUGAUACAUAUCUAUCUGAUACUCUUCAAUACAAUGGUGAAUUGAUAACAGGCGAGAUAUGGUGGUCCUUGCUACAUUUUGUAAACAGAGCAGCAAAGUAAAAAUAUUUUCAGGAGCAAUAUCCCUUUGUGGAAACAUAGUGUCUGAAUCCAUUUUUCAAUCUUAAGUAAACCAAUCUCUAACCAACCUAGCCAAGAACAUUGAAUAUUCAAAGCAGGGAAGAAGCUGAGCCAAACUAAAAUGCCCUGACUGAAAUGGUUUUGUAAACUAAAUGUUUCUUAUGUGAUACAUUAUUCAUCUACCCAUGAAAUACAACAUCAAAAUGUAAUUAGGCAUAGAAUUUAAAACUGUCAAAGCCAUCUCAUGGGAUGGGUCAAGGGUAUUUACGUAUUGUAAAAUGCAAAUAUGAAGCCCUCAAACUCCUUUGAAAAUCUCCACUAAUGUUUAUAAAAUUGCUCCAAGAGUGAUUACAAUAACAUUUUGUAGAAAAUCUUUUGCUCAGCCCAUUUGUUACUUAUGGGGCCAAAUUUUCCUUUUGUUCAAACAAUAAGGUUGUUCAGUGUAGAGAGUUCCAGGUUUAUACACUUUCCUCUUUUACUGAUUUGUGUGCUACUGGAUGAGCUGCAUAGUGUAACUUUGCCUCACUUUCCCAAUCUGUUAAUUAGGAGUUAUGCUUCCAUAGCAAUGUACAGGUUUUAAGGCUCAGUUCACUAAUAUUUGCAAAGUGGUUUCAGCUCCUCAGAUGUUCAGAGCAUGGCUAUUCUUUUCCUUGGGAGCUGCACAAUGUGGGAUGCUGCCAAGAUCUGUUUCUCUCUGUUUACUGUUUCUCUUGGAAAUGGGCUGCUCCAAAUCUGUGGAUUUGUGCCAUAUUUAAGAUUAAUGUACAAAUAAAUAAAUACCAUUCUUGUCACCUGACCCUGAGCAAUAGAGGGGCAGCUGUGGUCUGUAGGCCUCAGCCAAAUACUUUUCAUGGCAAUUGGAAAUUACAUUGAGGGAGAGCAGGAAAACAAUCCAACCUGCUGUGAACAGGGCAGAAAUGAACCAAAGAUCACACCACUACAGUGAGAAUGUAUUAUCAAUACAGCUAGUGAAAUCAGCCUGUCCAAAUAUGCUAUGUAGAAUUCAUCUGAUGUCAAUCCAGAUGUCCAUGAAGUAGUGUCCAUUUGAUGUCAAGUUUGAUGGCUAUGUGCUCUUUACUGCUGGUGGAAAACCAGACAUUAGAGUUGGUAAGCACAGGGUUCAAGAACCAAAGCACCCAUCAGCUUUAGUAUGAGAUUUUUCUCCUCUUUAAUUCAAGUAUCUACAAUGACCAAAUUUCUACCAACUUCAAAAGGAGCAGUGGGGGUGACCUGCUUAGAUAUCAGAUAGUCAGAGGCACCUGCAGUCAGUGGGAAGGCGCUCAGCCCUACCCCACUGAUCCAAGGUGCAGCCUCUCUGCCAUGUCUCAUGCCCACCUUCUGUUGAGAAUGACCCAUGUCACUCCACACAAUGACUUCACCAGCAUGGCUUGAGCACU